ACCGGGUAUAAUCAGCUUCCACCUCUAAAAAUGAUCGCCAGCAUCUUCGCUCUCCUUCCGUUUGCCCUCUUUGCUGCUGCUCAGAGCAGUCAGUGCGAUACUGGUACCAUCCAGUGCUGUCAGAGCAGUACCUCUUACUCGGGAGCACAAUCCAUCUUUUACGAGCUCGGCCUGGUUGAUGUCGCUGCAGUGGUAGACGCUGUUGUAGGUCUCGAGUGCUCUGGCAUUACCGGUGUCGGUACUUCUUCUGGCUGCACGGGAACCCAGCAGCCUCUUUGCUGCGAGGAUAAUAAAUACAAUGGCGUCAUCAGCCUUGGCUGUACUCCAAUCGGUGUCAAUGCUUGAACAACGGAUGCUGGUGCAGGGAUGGAGAUGGAGGUGCUCUGGUCUAUGUGGGACAGUAUACCAUUAUUUGAUGAACAUUAUUCUCGUGUCACCACGCUCCUUGUUGUAAACUCAUCAGUACAAGUACCAUGAUACCUUCCUGUUUACCAAUGGAACUAUUACUGUCUCAUUUUCA